AGAAGGACGUCCACAAGUCAGCUACAAGGAAGCUGUUAGUGGCGGUGUGAGGGUCCAGUAGAUGUUUUGUUGUAGAAGAAACAGUUUCAUGUGGAUUUAUUCAAGUCGCUGAAAAGGUUGGAAAAAAUAAAAAUAAAUUCAAAAUGAGCUCCGCGGUUUUCACGUAUGAGAGUUUGGUUCACGCUGUGUCAGGAGCAAUGGGAAGUGUGACUGCCAUGACAGUAUUCUUCCCUCUUGAUACAGCAAGACUAAGGCUUCAAGUGGAUGAAAAUAGGAAGGCCAAAUCAACCCCAGCCAUUCUGGCAGAAAUCGUCAAAGAGGAAGGACUACAGGCUUUGUACAGAGGUUGGUUCCCAGUCAUCUGCAGCCUGUGCUGCUCCAACUUUGUUUACUUCUACUGCUUCCACGGCCUCAAGGCUAACUGGCUGAAGGGAAGACAGUCAACAAGCAGCAGUGACUUAAUCAUUGGCAUUGCUGCAGGUAUUGUAAAUGUACUAGUUACUACUCCUUUGUGGGUUGUCAACACCAGGCUGAAGCUUCAAGGUUCCAACUUUCGCAAUGCAGACAUACGGCCGACCAACUACUCUGGCAUUCUGGAUGCAUUUAUGCAGAUUAUCCGUGGUGAGGGUGUGGGUGCACUGUGGAACGGGACCUUCCCAUCCCUGCUGCUGGUGCUGAACCCUGCCAUCCAGUUUAUGAUUUAUGAAGGACUGAAGAGGCAGCUCAGGGGAGGAGUUCCCAGGGAGCUGUCAUUUGUAGAGGCCUUCAUGAUCGGUGCUGUUGCCAAAAUGGUUGCCACUGUUGUUACGUACCCACUGCAGACUAUACAGUCCAUUCUUAGGUUUGGUCAGUUCAACGAGUCAACGGACAAGUCAAAACUACUGUCUAGUCUAAGGACUAUCAAGUGUCUAUUGGUCAAUAGAGUCAGGAAGAAUGGCAUAUUGGGUCUGUUCAAAGGCCUGGAGGCCAAGCUGCUGCAGACGGUGCUGACUGCUGCCCUCAUGUUCCUUCUGUAUGAGAAGAUUGCCAGCUGCACCUUCAGAAUCAUGGGACUGAACAAAAUCCACUACAAGAAACGCUAGCAAGCAAAACACUCUACAAACAUGGACGCUUGACCACAUUAAAGCACUAACUGACUGUAUUAUUCACUGCUUACAGCUCCAAUGAUGAGGACUUCCUGGGAAUGUGUCACUUUCUUGAAAACAGUGGACAUCUUUAUUGGUGACCACAUCCUGCAAAUACUACAAAAGUAGUACUGAAUGUGCUACUUUGUCCUUCUGUUGUGUUGGAAAUCAUAAUGAGUACAACAGCUCCAAAAUAAACAUAAACUUUAGUGGACUUAAAUCUCCCAAAACCACUGAAGUCACCUUAA